AUGAAUUCAGUACCGAGCGGUAACACCCCCAGAGGUAAUACAGUUACUAAUAUUGGCGGCAAAAACAUUAUUCUUCCAAGGUACAAUUUUAAAGUGGGUCACCAAAGAGUCCAACUAUAUAUUGAUUUUGAAAACAAUGUUGUUAAUGCAGUUACUGAAAUGAUUGUUAUCCCCUUGAUCCAGGAUUUAGACGAGAUCAUUCUAGAUUGCAAACAAAUGGAUAUUAAUAAAGUUUAUGUAGAGGACAUAGAUAUAAAAAAUUUUCAACAUUUAUAUGCUCAAAGUGCUCUAAACAAUAAAUUUUUGAACACUCCAGAACUAUCGGAUCUCGAUUUGUUCUAUUCUAAUGGAAAUUCUAUAGAACAAGCACAAAUGUUAAAGGAAAAUCUUCCACUUUUCAAUAAUAAACAAAAAGAGGAUGGUAACACUUCUAUUAACGAAUGCGAUGAUGGGAAAUUGUAUAUUCCUGUACCUGAAUCGAUCAACAUUUCCCUACACGAUACCUCAAGUUUAUUAAAUAAAUCAUACACGCCUCGAACACCUUCCCAACAAGAUAUGAUUUUCACACCAUUAACUUUGAAAAUAGAAUAUACUGUAAACCAUUUAUCACAACAACAACAAGGAAUACUUUUUAACACAGAUGAGCUCAUCUCCAAAAGUUUGUGGACGGUACAUACAAAUAACAAUCUAGUAAACAACAGUACUUCCUAUUGGCUACCAUGUAUGGAUGCUUUGGACGAAAAGUGUACUUGGGAAUUGGAAUUUAUUGUUCCGAAAACUUUAGAUUUUAAAAAUGAUCUGAUUGUAUGUGGACCAGAAUUGACAACCUUGAAGGUACUGGAUUAUCAUGAUAUUGAGGGUUGGAAGAGUGUAUCUUUUCAAAUUUUCACUCCUAUUGCAGCACACCAUGUUGGUUGGGCUAUAGGCUCUUUUAAAAUUCGAGAAAUAACACAGUUUAAUCAGCGUGCAAGUGGUAAUAUGGAUGACAAUGGUAUUCUGAACAACAAACAUAGCACAAAUACUAAGCAUGUACACAACAAUGAAGACAACGAGGAAGAUGAUAAUAACAUAAAUAAUAAUAAUAAUAAUAAUAAUAAUAAUACUACUACUAGUACUACCACUACUACUACUAAUAAUAAUAAUAACGCUUAUGAUUUUGAAGAAGACAAUGUUCCAAUUACUGUUUAUUAUCCCUACAACAUCCCAGAAGAAACAAUAUUAAACACUACGUUAAUAUUACCCAAAGUAAUAGAUUUUUAUACUAAAGAAUUUGGUUCGUAUCCAUUUACUUCAUACUCCCUCUGCUUUAUAUCUGGUAUAACAACACCUAUGGAUUUUACAGGACUCUCGAUCAUAGAUUCUAGCAUUUUAUAUCCUUUGGACAUAAUUGAUUCAAUGCUAGACUCAACGAUAAUUUUAGCUAAAUUACUGGCAAACCAAUGGUCUGGAGUUAACAUUACACCUCUCAAUUUUGGUGACAUAUGGUGUUGUUUAGGAAUGGCAGGGUACAUGACGUUAAAAUUUAUCAAAGAGCUAAUGGGCAUGAACCAAUUUAAGUACAUUUUAAAAUUGAAUUCAGAAAAGAUUGUACAACAGGAUUAUGUGCAACCACCUAUUUCUAAAUUGGUUAAAUUUCCGGUAGCAAACAGUGAUUUGGAUUUUAUUAGAUUGAAAGCACCAAUGGUUUUAUAUAUUUUGGAUAAAAGGAUGACAAAGACUGAAAGAUCAUUUGGGAUGGCCCGUGUUUUACCCAAGAUUUUCUUACAAGCGAUGUCCGGUGAUUUACCAGCAAAUACUAUUUCAUCACAACAUUUCAGACAUGUUUGUGAAAGGGUUAAUAAGGGUAAACUAGAAAACUUUUUUAAACAAUGGGUAUACGGUUCUGGUGUUCCGAUUUUUAGAAUUACCCAAAGAUUUAACAAAAAAAGAAUGAUGGUGGAAAUGGGUAUAAGACAAGUGCACGAGAAAGAACUGGGGGACAACAUUAAGAACGCCAGCUUUAAUUUUGUUGAUAAUGCAAUUUACGAGAUAUCCCAGGUUGGCCCAAUAAAUAGAACACCUGUUUUCACUGGGAGUAUGACCAUCAGGGUUCACGAAGCAGAUGGAACUCCAUAUGAACACAUUGUUAGCAUCCAAGAUACUUUUACAAAAUUGGAUAUUCAAUACAAUACCAAGUAUAAAAGGCUAAGAAAUAGAAGAAGAGUUAAUAGAAAUUUGGCACAAAUUAACAACAACAACAACAACAACAACAAUAAUAAUGGCAACGAAGACGAAUUUAAGACUGCUCCGACACCCACAUCUGCACCAGGUCUUAAUGAAAGCAAUGACAGAACAAACCACGAAGAUAAUCAGUAUGAAGGAGAGGGUAGUAAUGUCACGACCACUACUAAUAACGAAGACGAAGAAGGUGAAGUUGUAUUGGUUAACUGUCUAGGCGAUGUAUUAACUUCUUCAAAAGAUUGUAAAAAAUGGGAUUUGACGGAUUUUAAUUCUACUAGUGGAAGUGAUGAUCAGCAACAAAAUGAAGCAUUUGAGUGGUUGCGUAUAGAUGCAGAUUUUGAAUGGAUUUGUAAAAUAUAUAUCAAUCAACCAGACUAUAUGUUUGCCUCUCAAUUACAGCAAGAUAGGGAUGUGGAAGCACAGAUUGAUAGUAUUCAUUAUUUUGAAGAUGUUAUUAUGAACAGCGAAACUAGUUCUAAAGUUUAUUCUUCUAUAUUAACUAGAACUAUCAUUGAUGAGAGAUAUUUUUAUGGUGUUAGAUUGGAAGCAGCCAAGGCUUUGAGUAAGUUUAUUAUUAGAGAUGAGUCUACAGAUGGUGGCAGUAACCAUGCCAAUUUGUUUAAUGGUGGAGUAGAGCAUUUAAUUAAAAUUUAUAAAUAUUUUUUCUGUUUUUCUGAGUCUAAUAUACCAACAAGUAAUAAUUUUGGUAAUAUUCCAAAUUAUUUUUUACAAAAGGAACUACCUUUACUAAUAGCCAAUGCCAAGUUGGAAAAUGGAAAGCCACCAAAGUGUGCUAAAUAUUUCCUUUUGGAUUUGUUAAAGUACAACGAUAAUGAUGGUAACGCUUACAACGAUUGCUAUUUUGUUUGCAAUUUACUCGAAGGUAUAGUAACUUUAAUAGUGGGCGAUAAAACCGAUAAUACAUUUAUCACCCAGGCAAUGAAAGAAUUAGAAAGGUACGAAAAUUUAGAUAAAUGGAUCUCAUCGUAUAAACUCUUGAUCCAUAGGAAUUUAUUAUACGGAAAAUUCAAGUUGUUAGUUAAUGGAGUGGAUGUUUUUAAUUAUGAUAGUUUCCUCAGUACUUUAUUGAACAAUUGUUCUCAAGAGUAUUUACUCGAUUCCAAGGAUAUUUUGCAAGACAACACUGCAGAUUUUAAUAUUUAUGAAGGUUUACAAAACAUUUUUUUAUCAUCUUUCAAGAUUAUCUUUAUAUUAGGCGGUAUUAAAAAUAGAGAGUUUUUGAAAUAUUUCUUUGAAAACGUGUGUUUUAAUCUGAAUCCAUAUAUAGGGGAAAGGUUAGUGUUUGUUUUUCUUGAGGCUAUAAAUUAUAUUGCUAUAUACGGUAUGGAAAAUUUUUUGGAUGAUGAUUUUGUAGCUUUACAACAAGAAUUCAACCCACAUGGGGACAAAUUUGUAUUUGAUGAGAGUAAGGUGAGCGUUUCUGAUUUAGAAAAAGAAGAGGAAAAGGAGGAGGGAGAAGAGAAUUUUGAAAUUUUUUUGGGUGAUAGUUCCGAAGGCACUGUUAGAAGAUACAAAACAAAACAAACUGUUAAAAAUGAAAAAUUGAAGAAAACUAUUGCCGGGACUAUUAUUGUGCUGAGAAAACUUUUCGAUACCUAUAAUCCAUUGAAGCAAAUGCUAUGGUUUUUAUUGAACGUAAACUUACUUACCGAUUUUCAACGUAAAUCAUUUUUCGAUAUAUCAUCUGUCAUAUAUAAACAAGAGAAAAAGUACAACGUUGUUUUAAAAAUUCCUAGAGAUAAGAAAUUGAUAGCACAAAAAUGUCCAAAUAACGUGAUAAAAAUUAAACGAAAGGGAUUAAUGAAAAUAAAUUUGAGUGCACCUACUGCUUCUGUAAUAACAACUGGAAAUACAAUCAAAGUUAAACAGAAAAAGAGGGAAAACACGAAGAUUAAAAUUAGUUUAAGCUCUGCUAACAAACCGAAUAAUGCUGGCGUAACAAAUAGUAGUAAACGUAGUUCAAAACUUAUAAAAACCCGUCCUGUUAGGGGUGUUGUUAAUAGAAUUGGUAAAUUACCAUUGAGAUAUAUUCGCAUAGAUUCCAAGAACAAAAAAGUGUUUGCGAGCUCUUUACCAUACAAUGGCAAUGUCUCUGUCAUUAAGUCGACUUCUCGAACCUUAAAAUUGAAGAUUUUGUUACCAUCUGAUAAAUUGUCGAACAUAAAAAAAAAGGACUACGACAUAGAAAAGGUAUAG